AGAGUAAUCUGUGACGGUGCUGAGACGAUGCCGUCAUCACGCCUCAUGUCAUCCUCUGGCUUCAUGUCUCCUCUGACAGCAGGCGGCGUGCCAGUAAGAUGCAGCUGCGACUGCGCUGACCAACAGCAGCUCAACAAGUCACAACACUGGACAGCUGACGGGGGCUGCAGCGGCCUGGAUGUGAUACUGGGACCUGGUGUGAGUUGGUAACCCCGGCUGAGUGUGCGAUGUGUGGACCUGCCCUGCACCUGUGCCUGCUGCUCUGGAUAGUAGGGACGGCUGUUUCCAGGACGAAAGGUGAGGUGACAGCUCCUGCCCGUCUGAGUGCAGACGCCGGUGGUUCCCUCCUCCUCAGCUGCAACAUCACCACUGCAGCAGGCGACACUGUGCGGCAAGUGCGCUGGCACAACAGGCACAACAAGAUCCUGCUGGCGUACGAGCAGAGCUCACCCAUCCGCUUCAGCCACACAAACCCCAAAGUGCAGCUCACCACCUCGCACAACGACGGCAGCUCCAUCACCAUCGAGAAGGUGGGGCCUGAUGACGAGGGCUGCUACCGCUGCGUCUUUGACGUUUAUCCAACGGGACUACAGGAAGGAAAGACGUGCGUCAGCGUCAUCGGUAAAGUGCGCCUGGAGGGGAACAAGACGGCCAUGAGCGGGCAGACGGCCACCCUGUCCUGCUGGUACAGCCUCCCUGAGAGGGUGCUCCAGGUGCUGUGGAGGAAGACGGCCGAGCAGGGCGACACCACCACCGUGGCCGCCUACGCCAAGGGCGGCCACCAGACCAUAACCGACCAGUUCAUGGGCCGGGUGAGCUUGAGCCGCAGCCUGGAUGACACCCAGCUGACCAUCCAGCAGGUCAGGACGGAGGACGAGGCCUGCUACACCUGCGAGUUCCACACGUACCCGGAUGGCACCAAAAGCGGCACCGCCUGCCUCUCGGUGUACGUUUUACCCAAACCAGAGGUGAACCACGUCACCUCCUCCUCAGGGUACACUGAGGCCAACUGCACCGCCCAGUCCCGACCGGCUGCAGAGAUCACAUGGGACUUUGGUGGGGACAACCGGACGCUCGGGCCGCCCAUUUCCUCGGCCUACGAGCAGGGCGACGGCACGACGAUAGUGACGAGCACGCUGAUUUUCCAGUCAGGGCUGCUCGCCGACCGGACCAUCAAGUGCAUCGUGGACCACAAGGGUCUUGCGAAGCCCCUCACGGUGUCACUCAACACAAACAUGGGUCCGGCCAUGGUCAUCCUGCUGUCGGUGUGCGGCGUGGCGGCCGUCCUCCUCCUCUGUCUGUGUGUGUGUCUCUGCAAGUGCUUCAUCUGUACCGACGACUGAUUUGGAGGCCGGCGUCGCUGCUGCUUUGAUGAAGGUCCAGCCGAGCUCUGAGCCUGACCUAGCUGCUCAGCACCGUGCCCUCCAGCUCAGCGUGCGCAGGAAGGGAACAGAGCUUUCACAGAACCGAGCCAACACGGCUGGUUCUGCUCCCACGAGCUGCGAAGACGCUGCUAAUGCAGACACAAAUAUGUCUUGUCAUUUACUACGACGUAAACAGAACUAAAACCCACAUUAUUCAACGCUAGAUGUUUCACUAACAGUAGAGAAGUUGCUUUGAUGAGUGAUAUGCAUCAGUGUGUCUUUUAGCAACAUGGAGGUCCUGUGUGUGUGUGUGUGUGUGUGUGUGUGUGUGUGUGUGUGUGUGUAUUUAUAUGUACAUUUUAAAGGUGCAACAUGUAAGUCUAAAACAUUCAAAUUAAAAAUAUCAACAGAAUAUGAAGAAACAACAGUGUUAGCAUGCUAACGGGCUAGCUCCGGUGUCUCGUAAUACUACUUUCAGAAGAGGAAAUAACUAAUCUACUAAUCUACUACAUCUACUCAGAUUACUUGUCAUUUAUUGGCGUAGUUAGCAGUUACCAUGGUGAUAUAGUGCCCCUUAUUUGAUUGGAGUAUAAACUCAACACGUGGCCAAUUCUUACAUAUUGCACCUUUAAUUUAGGUUGAUUAUCAAUGUAAAUUGUAAAAGUUGACUUCACUUUAAAAAAUCGAGUAACGAAAUUACCUUGAAACGACCGAGUAAAGCAGACUAAUAAGUUAAAGUUGUUAAAACUUAAUAGUCUACUUUACUUGGUAAUUUUGAGGUAACUUGAUGAGUAAGAUCACCUCGUCAGAUUUGACAGUGUAGCUUGAUUUGCUCCAUUUGAAGGGUUUUUUGACUGUGAUGUGAAGCCUGCGGGACACAUAAGUAUAAAUCAAUAAAUCAUUUAACAAUUAGGAGCUGAUGUUACCUCACGAUCAUAAAGAGCACAAAAGACGGAAUCAGAGUUUGAGUCGCUUCCAUCCUUAGGUAUCAUUCACACCCAAUCAUGGGUCGUACAGCUUCUUCCAACUUGAAACUAGUGCACAAAAAUAACCAAAACCGCUGAUCUUGUGAUCGACAGGACCUUUUGAGGUAGCUCCUAUUUAGAUACACAUUGGCUGCUCUUUGGCAGCGCGGCCUGAUUGCAGCGGACCUCCAAAUUGGACCCGACAGAGUAUUACAUCACCCCACAACCCUCUAUUUGUGGUUGCUUUUGGGCAAGAGGGAUGAUUAGAAAGGGUGCCGUGCCAGUUUUGAACGAGACGUGCAAGUUACAGUAAACCAGAAAAAGCAGUGGGACCGCUGAAAAUAAAAAUCUGACUUAUAGCGAAGCAGCCCUGUUGUGACUCAGACUGAAAGGAUAGUUUGAGUGGGGACAGAAUGAAAGGUUUGUUAUUUAUAGCUGUUGUGUUGUGUUGUGCUGUGCGGGACAGAGACGGGCGGUCGACCUGUAACCUUCCUGUGUUCGGUGGUUAACACCGCCCAAACCGUCACUGUGUGGAUGAAACCUGCAGCUGUGAAUCACUGUUUGUGCGAGACUGUGUGUGCGUGUGUUGUGCAGUAAUGUGAACUGUAGGGAGCACCAGUGUCGUCUUUUUAUUUGGGAUAAAUAUUAAUAUAGGCCUUCAUGGGGCUGUGUACAGUAAAGUUUAAUGUUGUAGAAACUUUGAUUAAUCACGAAAAAAAACACAUUCUAACAAUUAAACAGCUCUUUUAGAUACAAUUAAACUUUUACAGUUCAGCUAUAUGUAUAUAAAGAAGGUUUAAAUGUUAAUAAAUGCCGAUAUUGAAGUAAAAAAUACUUUAAGUUGUCUACCUGCUGUUUCAGUUUAAUAAUCAUGUCGUCAGUGUGAACAGUGUUACAGUAUUUUAUUUUUUGAUCAGUAUUCACCUGUCUGUAAGAGUCCGUACGUAGUUUCCUGUACCGGUGCUGAAGUCAGAAAUAAAACCUGAAACUUUAUACGC